CCUAUCUUCCAUUCACCCGUUCCCAUCUUCAAAGCGUCCAAGCCUCUCUCCAACAGACCAAAAUAACUGCACGCUAGCACAAGCAAAGCAACACAAAAGCCUUGUUAUUUUUCCAACCUCAUUAACAUCUGAUCACUUCUAAGUUUCUUUUCCCAGAAGGCUUGCUAUUUGUAACCCAAAUCCAUCUUCUCCCAUGAAAACCCAUACCAUAAAUCUCAACAAAUCUGCGGAUGAUCUUCAGCUUGAUGAUGAAGAACUUCAUAGGUGGCCAACUUAUUCUGAGGCCUUGGCAGAAAUCAAAGCCAUAGGGAAGAUCUCAGGCCCAACAACCAUCACCGGUCUACUUCUAUAUUCAAGAGCGAUGAUCUCCAUGCUUUUUCUGGGGUAUCUUGGAGAGCUUGAGCUCGCCGGAGGAUCUCUCUCUAUCGGCUUCGCCAACAUCACCGGCUACUCUGUGAUCUCCGGUUUGGCCAUGGGAAUGGAACCCAUCUGUGGACAAGCUUAUGGUGCCAAACAAUGGAAGCUUCUUGGAUUAACUGUGCAAAGGACAAUCCUUCUCCUUCUCUCGACCUCCGUUCCCAUCUCUUUCAUGUGGCUAAACAUGAAAAGAAUCCUCUUGUGGUGUGGCCAAGACGAAGAAAUAUCAUCCGUUGCCCAUACUUUCAUUCUCUUCUCCAUUCCAGACCUCUUCUUCCUUUCGCUUCUUCACCCUCUUCGAAUCUAUCUGAGAACCCAAAGCAUCACAUUACCUUUAACUUACUGUUCAGCCAUCUCUGUUCUCCUUCACGUUCCAAUAAAUUUCCUUCUCGUCUUCCAUUUCAAGAUGGGUAUUGCUGGGGUUGCCAUAGCAAUGGUCUGGACUAAUCUCAAUCUCUUCCUCUUGAUUUCUUCGUUCGUUUAUUUCUCCGGCGUGUACAGAGAUUCGUGGGUGUCUCCAAGCAUGGAUUGCCUCCGGGGCUGGACCUCUCUGCUCGCGCUGGCGAUUCCAACUUGCAUCUCCGUGUGCCUUGAAUGGUGGUGGUACGAGUUCAUGAUAAUGCUGUGUGGACUUCUAGCCAAUCCGAAAGCAACCAUUGCAUCCAUGGGAAUCCUAAUCCAAACGACUUCUCUUGUCUACGUCUUUCCUUCAUCUCUCAGUCUUGGAGUUUCCACAAGAGUUGGGAACGAACUAGGCGCAAACCGCCCAGCAAAAGCCCGAAUUUCCAUGAUUGUCUCUCUAGUUUGUGCAGUCGGUUUAGGCAUUGCAGCCAUGUUUUUCACAACCUUAAUGAGGCAUCAAUGGGGUCGGUUCUUCACAAGCGAUGCUGAAAUCCUAGAGCUCACUUCAAUUGCAUUGCCACUCGCGGGGCUAUGCGAGCUUGGAAAUUGCCCACAAACCACUGGCUGUGGAGUUUUGAGAGGCAGCGCAAGGCCAACCAUUGGAGCAAACAUCAAUCUGGGGUCAUUUUAUGCAGUGGGAAUGCCUGUGGCAAUCUUUUUGGGAUUUGUAGCCAAAAUGGGGUUUCCGGGUCUCUGGUUUGGUUUGCUUGCAGCGCAGGUCUCCUGCGCCCUGCUCAUGCUGCAUGUCCUCCGCAAAACAGAUUGGAUGGUUCAGGUAGAAAGAGCAAAAGAACUCACACAAACUUGUGCCAUGUCUUCAGCAGCUUCUUCUUUGCCAAUAUCAUCAGCAACAGUACCGGAAUCAAACUGUCCUAAGAAAUCAAAGAUCGAAGCUGCUAAUCUUGAAGAGAUAUUAUGGGUUAACAGUGAUGAGCUUGGGAAGUCAACCUCACUUGAAACAGACCCUCUCAUCAUAUCAUCUACUACUACUACUACUACACAUACAGUACUGCAUUGACGUGAUUUUUGUCUCCCCAUUUUUACCCCCACAUCCCCCCAUUGAGGAGCUGACAUGAAAAACACUAAUUAUUAGGGUUCCAAUGCCUCCUGUACUUAAGAAAGAUUGGAACUCUUUCUUUAAUUUGAUUUUCUUUUCCAAAGUUGUUGUGGAUCUUAAUAAAUUAAUAUUAAU